GCAUAGAGAAUGUUUAUGUACAUGGUCCACAAUGUGGUGCUACGCCCCUCUUUGUCUGCAUGAUUUCAGCUCAACAGGAUGUGGUGUUUAGGGUAGUGUUCCUAGGAAAGAGUUAAAGUAAUCGCGAAUUACAGUUUUUCUCUGUGGAGCAUUUUGUUGUGCAAAGAUAACAUAACAGUCUACAUUUGAUAUUUUGGUAUAAUGUUAAACUGAGGUUUGGGUUCAGUAGCCCAAGUCCCUCGGCUUGUCCUCAUCCGCCGAAUACUACAAGUCCCAUAAUGCACAUCUGGUACACACGCUCAUGUUUUCACUUCAUACGCGUAGAAUUACAAGCGAUCCAAUCUGUCCAUCCAGCUGGAGUUAAACGUCUAACUUUGUAAAGUGGCGUGAGCUCACGUUAGGAGUUCGAUAAGAGCAGAAUAACAGACACUGAGCACCAUGUUCACAGAGGUGCUGAUUUGCCUGCUGAUCGCAGGACUGAUCUUCCUGGUUCAGAGGAGCAGGACGCAGGUCCUAAAGACAGAGGAUGGCUGGUGGGGGGCCGGUGCACCGCCUGAUGGUGGGGAGGACAUCACCAUCUGUCCCUUUAAAGUCACCACCAGUGAUGAAGAGCUGGAGGACCUGUACAGCAGGAUGGAUAAUACCCGCCCUGUUCCUUCACUCGAGGACAGCCAGUUUAAUUAUGGCUUCAACUCUCAGUACCUGCAGAAGGUGGUCUCUUACUGGAGACAUGACUUUGACUGGAGGAGACAAGUUGAAAAACUCAACCAGUACCCCAACUUCAAAACCAACAUUGAAGGCAUUGAUAUCCACUACCUGCAUGUGAAGCCCAAGAAGGUGCUGGAGGGAUCUGCUGCUAUCCCUCUGAUAAUGGUUCACGGCUGGCCGGGCUCCUUCUAUGAGUUCUAUGGAUUGAUCCCUCUGCUGACAGAACCAUCAGACCCACACGACCUUGUGUUUGAGGUCGUGUGUCCCUCCAUACCAGGGUACGGGUUUUCAGAAGCACCACAUAAGAAAGGUUUUGAUUCAGUUUGUGCGGCACAUGUCUUCCACAAACUGAUGAGGCGCCUGGGUUUCCAGCAGUUCUACGCUCAUGGGGGAGAUUGGGGCUGGCUGGUCACUACCAACAUGGCUCAGCUGGAGCCCAACACUAUCAGAGGCCUGCAUGUGAACUUUGCCCCCCCCUCCAGGCCGGGGCUGCCCAUGGCUCUAUCCAUCAUGCUCGGCCGUUGCUUCCCAAAGCUGUUUGGCUUCACUGACCUGGAUAUUCAGCGUCUCUACCCCUGCACUGAGAAACUGGUGGUGGAGUCCAUCAAAGAGUCUGGCUACAUGCACAUCCAGGCCACCAAGCCUGACACUGUGGGUCGAGGACUAAAUGACUCCCCAGUGGGUCUGGCUGCCUACAUUCUGGAGAAGUUCUCCACGUGGACGAGCCGCGAUUUCAGGAACCUGGAGGACGGAGGACUCACCAGGAAGUUCUCUCUGGAUGACCUGCUGACUAAUGUGAUGAUCUACUGGACUUCUGGCUGCAUUGUCUCCUCCAUGAGGUUCUACAAGGAAAACUUUGGCAAAGGCCUCAACCAGCCUCACUCUAAGAUACCCGUGUACGUCCCCACUGGUUUUGCCUGCUUCCCCAACGAGCUGAUGCACACUCCCAAACUAUGGGUCAAACAGAAAUACCAUAAACUCAGAACCUUCACGCCCAUGGCCCGUGGCGGCCAUUUUGCUGCAAUGGAGGAACCCCAGCUGAUGGCCGAGGACAUCCAGAAGUUCACGAAGACAGUGGAGAAGAUGAAGAAAGUUGAAUAGAUGAGGAAACUAAAAGUACAGAAUGAAGGUAUUGAUUAGCAGAUUGAUGAAUGGAAAGAAACUGGGACACAGUAGUGAGCAAUUGGUAGACGUGUCCAUAUUGUGAUUCCAGAUAGUAAGCACUGUCUUUCUUCAGGUGCAAUCCCUAGUAUAGUUGGCUCUAUCUAGUGAAAUUCCUAAUCAUACUUCUAUGUGAUUGAGCCAGUAUUGUUCUGUGUUACUACUAGAAAAUGUUUGAAAGCUUCUUUCUGCAAUUGUUGUAAAAAGCUGCACCUGCAGUUUGCAAGGUGGCAUCACAGUGUGUUGGUGCAGUCUGGAGCUGAAGAGGGUGAGGAGCAGCUCAGCCUGGAUAUUCCUCAGAUAACAUGCAGCCACAACCAUGCUGCCAUGAUACCACCUUAAACCAUGCUGCCACGAUACCACCUUAAACCAUACUGCCAUGAUACCACUUUAAACCAUGCUGCCAUGAUACCACCUUAAACCAUACUGCCAUGAUACCACCUUAAACCAUGCUGCCACGAUACCACCUUAAACCAUACUGCCAUGAUACCACUUUAAACCAUGCUGCCAUGAUACCACCUUAAUUAAACCAUACUGCCAUGAUACCACCUUAAACCAUGCUGCCAUGAUACCACCUUAAUUAAACCAUACUGCCAUGAUACCACCUUAAACCAUACUGCCAUGAUACCACCUUAAACCAUACUGCCAUGAUACCACCUUAAACCAUACUGCCAUGAUACCACCUUAAACCAUACUGCCAUGAUACCACCUUAAACCAUACUGCCAUGAUACCA